UGGACUGUUAGAAGCAGGAUGCGUAUCUAGAAGAAACGAAGUAAACAUCAUGGUGAAAAAUGCAGUCGACGUUGUGUUUGGUGGCAUCACAUAUUGGGCUUUCGGAUUUGGUCUUAGUUUUGGCAAUAGUCCUGGUACAAACCCAUUCUGUGGGGUCGGGUAUUUCUUUGUGGACGCAUCGCAGUCAGACAUGGGUAUUAUCUUCUCAACUUAUGUAUUUCAAUUGUCUUUUGCGACAACAGCCACUACUAUAGUGUCUGGAGCAAUGGCAGAGAGAACCAAAUUGUUAAGUUACAUCGUGUUUUCGUUUCUAAACACAAUUGUUUACUGCAUACCCGCUCACUGGGAAUGGGCGUCAAAUGGAUUUUUAAGGACUCUUGGGGUUGUAGAUAUAGCUGGAAGUGGGGCGGUCCAUUUAGUUGGGGGAGUGUCAGCAUUUGUUGCAACAUUUCUUCUUAAACCUCGUCACGGGCGAUAUAGAGAAGGACAAAAGGCUACAGAAAAUCCUUUACCGAUGGGUAAUCCAACAAAUGCACUCAUUGGAAUGUUCAUGUUAUGGUGGGGAUGGCUAGCGUUUAACUGUGGAAGUACCUUUGGUAUAUCGGGAGGAAAAUGGAAAUUAGCAGCAAAGGCAGCGAUCACGACAUUGAACGGUUCGAUGGGUGGAGGAAUUAUCGGUAUUCUGUUUUCGUAUGUCAUAAAGAAAGGGGUGUUUGAUGUGGGAUAUUUGGUAAACAGUAUCCUGGGAGCGCUUGUUGGCAUCACAGCUUGCUGUGCUGUUGUAAAACCCUGGGAAGCAGUUAUUAUCGGCCUUAUUGGAGGUAUAUUGGCGAUAAUGAGUGCGAUCCUUAUUAACAAAAUAAAGAUGGACGACCCAGUCGGAGCGAUUGCCGUGCAUGGCGUGUGUGGUAUGUGGGGUAUGUUGGCGGUUGGACUGUUCGGUGCCCAUGAUCCCCUAGAAAACACGACCCAGGGCAGAGACGGUCUGUUUCACGGCGGCGGCAUGUAUCUCCUUGGUGUCCAGACGCUUGCAUGCUUUGUAAUUAUCGCUUGGAGCGCUGUCGUUAGCGGGGUCCUUUUAUUGGGAAUAAAAUUUACAAUCGGUCUACGGCUUAGCGAAGAAAACGAAAUAAUAGGAGCAGAUUAUGUUGAGCAUGGUAUUGGAACACCAACUAUUCUCAACUAUAGUGACCGUGGACUGCUGUCACCCCCUGCAAGGUCAAGGACGCCGUCAGUGUGCUCUGCUGUCACAACGACUUCAAUAAAAUCCAUGACAGAAACUUGCAACGAUGAUAUCAAUCUUUUAUCAAGACUAAGGACCAAGCGUUUUCGCUCGGAUAAAGUUGUACCCUUGGGUAACAUCCCUGGCGAAGUACAAAACAAUUUUUCAUCACCUGUUGAUAAUUUGUAAAAGUGAAAACCGGGAAUGUAAACAGCAUGUAUUAUUCAACUACUGUGAAAACUUUUGAACUUUGCGAAUAUCAUGACCACCAUCAUUAUAUUUAUGUAUUGAAUGUUCCAGGUUUCUCCUAAUUUAUCAAAGGAUGUUUUUUUUUUGUUUUUUUUUUUCUUCAUAAAAAUAAAAAAUAUCCGCUAUACGGUGUAUUAUUCUAUGUAUUUCUUGUUCCGACGAAGGAUCAGCGAGGAAAAUGUUAUUUCACUUUCUUUAAUACUCCAUCUUCCAUUGCUAUCGUCGUUUCUGUUAAGGUUACUCCCGGGUGUA